AUUGUCUUUUGCGGGUCAUCGCCUAUGCAGCUUGGCUAUUGGUUGCGCCAAAGCAGGUUUUCAGCAAUUUAAACAAAAUAAAAUUGCUUAAAAGCUGUGACCAGUCUUCUGUUUAGUUAGAUAAUCGCGUCAAGGCGCCAAGAGAGAGUUCUGAGGAAAUACCUAUAUUAUUCUAGUCUGAAUGUAAAUUUGUAGUGGUGAUAGUGCUAAAAUGGAUGCUAAAAGCAAAUAUCUUUUGACCAAUAAUAACUGGUCUUCAGAUGUAAAGCUUCAGAUAGUGCCUGUCCAGCAGAAAAAGCUGAACCAUGUUACGAGGCGAGAAAAAGUCGGACUCAGUUUCUCCAACUUGAGUUUCACAGUCAAACAAGGAAAACAAGACAAAGUGAUCCUAAAAGAUGUCAGCGGAAGAAUCCGACCUGGAGAACUUACCGCCAUCAUGGGACCCUCCGGUGCUGGUAAAUCCACUCUCCUAAACAUCCUCACUGGAUAUAAAACCGAAGGAACGAGAGGUGAAAUUAUGAUGAAUGAUCGAGUGAGGAAUCUGAGCAAGUUUAGGAAAUUAUCUGCUUACAUCAUGCAAGACAACCAGCUGCAUGGGAAUCUGACUGUGAAUGAAGCCAUGAAUGUGGCAUCCAAGCUAAAGAUCGGAAAUAAGUCUGCAAAGGACAGGGAAACCAUUAUUGCAGAGAUCCUUGACACCUUAGGGCUGCUCGAUCAUAGAACAACAAUGACAAGUGGUUUGUCUGGAGGACAGAAGAAAAGAUUAUCCAUUGCAUUAGAAUUGGUCAGCAAUCCCCCAAUCAUGUUCUUUGAUGAACCCACUAGCGGUCUGGAUUCAUCGUCUUGCUUCCAAUGCAUUUCUCUGCUUAAAACCUUGGCCGCCGGCGGUAGAACCAUUAUCUGCACCAUUCACCAGCCUAGUGCCAGACUGUUCGAGAUGUUCGAUCAUUUGUACACUUUGGCGGAUGGGCAAUGCGUCUACCAGGGCUCUACUACCCGGUUGGUAGAAUUCCUGGGUCGCUUAGGCUUGCAGUGUCCUCCGUACCAUAAUCCUGCAUCAUAUAUCAUUGAGGUGGCUUGUGGUGAAUAUGGAAACCACACCAGAACUUUGGUAAACGCCAUCAAGAAUGGCAAGGAAGAUAUUCAAAACGGACAGCCUCUUCCUACCUUGGAAAUAACUGAUGGUUUAAACAACUCCGAAAAAUUCACACACGAUAUCAAGAACACAAUCGCUGCAGCUGUCAACAAAUCAGACUAUAAGUUUGAAAACGAACCCGUUUAUAAAUCAACUACAAUAUCUGCAUUGCCAAAAGAUGUAGUUGAUGACAUUGCCAAAGGAGAUGCUGCUAAAGACGACCCGGAAAAGGCCAGUGCCAACUCUGCACUACUGGGGGGCCCCACUGAAGAAACUGCCACUAAAAGAUAUGGCACUAGCGAGCUGGAUCAAUUCUUCAUUAUCUUGAAAAGAACUCUGUUGUUCAGCAGAAGAGACUGGACGCUGAUGUACCUUCGUUUCUUCGCCCACAUUCUUGUCGGUUUUCUCAUCGGCGCCUUGUACUGGCAGAUCGGAAAUGACGGCAACAAAGUGCUCUCUAAUCUCGGAUUUCUAUUCUUCAAUAUGCUGUUCUUGAUGUACACUUCCAUGACUAUAACAAUCCUGUCUUUCCCCUUGGAGAUGCCUGUACUGCUGAAAGAACAUUUUAAUCGCUGGUACUCGUUGCGCUCAUACUACUUGGCAAUUACAGUUUCAGAUAUGCCAUUCCAGACAAUCUUUUGCAUCGUAUACGUGGCAAUCGUGUACUUAAUGACAGCGCAGCCGUUGGAGAUCUUCAGAUUCGGAAUGUUCUUAAGCGCCUGCCUGUUGGUCUCGUUUGUAGCACAGAGCGUUGGGUUAGUGGUGGGAGCAGCUAUGAAUGUUCAGAACGGUGUUUUCCUAGCUCCAGUGAUGUCAGUACCAUUUUUACUUUUUUCGGGUUUCUUCGUCUCGUUCGAUGCAAUUCCGAUUUAUCUGCGUUGGAUCACUUACUUGUCCUACAUCAGAUACGGUUUCGAGGGAACAGCGCUCGCGACUUACGGCUUUGACAGGGCUAAAUUGCAGUGCUUCGUUAGCUAUUGUCACUUCAAAUCUCCCCAAAUCACCCUUGAGGAGCUGGACAUGAUCAACUCGAGCUAUUUGGUAGACGCAGUUGCAUUAGUGGCUAUCUUCUUUGUUUUAAGAAUUGCCGCGUACUUGUUUCUGAAAUGGAAGCUUAAAACGAAUCGUUAAUAAAACACAGAAACGGGUUGGAAACUUUUGAAAAUAGUACUGCUACCCAUUCCACCCAUUGAUUAUAAGAAAAUGGUUUAUUUUAAAUUGCCAAUGCCAAAGCUUUACAGUACAUUUCGACCACUUUUUGCCUCUUCCUUUGUUAAAAACCUUAUCACAAUAAUUUAAUCAUGGACACGAAAUUUAUGAUGGCCUGUGCAAUCCACAUGGCGUUUACCUAUAUUAUAUGUAUAUAAUUAACAGGAGCACCAAUUAUAAAUAAUAUUUUUGUGAAUCAUAUGUAUAAUCACAACUUUUUGAUACUAUGUAGAAUGAUAUAUUUAGUGAUAGUAGAAAUAGGGGCUGUGAAAUGUAAUUAAAAAUACCGCUUGCCAGUAAAUGUUGCCCGGAUCUUGGUAAAGUCUUCAUUAUCUUAUUGUUUAAAGAGUAAUCCGAUGCGCAGUUCGGCUGAGCUGGUCUGGCCGUUCAAAUACGCUGAACUAAAAUUGUCGUUGUCAUAUUUUGGAAGCAUUUAUAUUAUAUAUAAACUAAAACUAUUUUUUUAUACACCCGACAUCACACAUCAAACAAAUUAUUGCAGAGAUGUUUUUUGAUGUGUCAUUAUUAGUUAUAAUAUAGCAUUAUAUAUGUUAAACCUGGCUUUGCCUCUCGAAUGUUUGUUUUUCAACAUCUUUUGAAACUGUUUUAUUGUUAUAUUAAACUAAUAGUAAUAUUUUUAUGCAAUUGUACUGUAAUACGGUGAUUAUUUAAUUCUUAUGGGUUUAAAAUAUAAAAAGUGUUUACUGUUU